AUGGAAACGCAUAGAAUCCGUCCAAAACAUCGGCAUACGCACUAUAACGGGUAUGCCCACUUUCGUCAAAAACUCGGUCCUUCUAAAAUCCACAAAUUUCAAAUCUAUUCAAAAUUCAAUUCGUUCCCAAACCAACUCAAUGUUCUACAAAAACUCUUUCUCAGAUCACGCCCACAUCCGACUUCUAGGCAAUUUUUAUUAAUUCUAAGAUGUUUACACUUUGCCGAAAAUCCACCAACUGGAGACCCAAAACUUGAUGACCCCCUAUAUAAAAUUACACCAUUGUUUGACCUAUUUCAUAACCGAAUGAAACAAGUAUAUUAUCCUACCAAAGAGUUGAGUUUAGAUGAAUCUAUGCUCCUUUGGCGUGGACGUCUCUAUUUUCGACAAUAUAUUCAAAAUAAGAAACAUAAAUUCGGCAUAAAAUUUUAUGUGCUUACUCAACCGGAUGGCCUUGUCCUAAAGACAAGGAUUUAUUGUGGAUCAAAUGAUCCAUUUGUGGGUGGUAAAGGCCAUGUUGACAAAGUUGUAAAAUAUUUGCUCAGAGAUUAUUGUGGAGUGGGACAUUCCGUCUAUAUGGACAACUUUUAUAACUCCGUUGAUCUUACAGAAUAUUUAUUAGACAAAAAUACAUACGUUACAGGGACUCUUCGUGAAAAUAGAAAGGGAAACCCAUCAGAUGUCGUAAAUAAGAAACUAAAAAAAGGAGAGUUGACAUCUGCAUAUAACAAUAAGGGGACUUGUGUUAUGAAAUGGCAUGAUAAAAGGGAUGUGGUAAUUAUAUCGUCAGAGUUUGGCGAUGCUAUGCAUGAAUACCGGGCAAGAAGUGGCAAAAUAUCAGUAAAGCCGGAGUCUGUACUAAAGUACAAUAAAUUUAUGGGUGGUGUAGACCGUAGUGACCAACUCAUGAGCUACUAUCCUUGUGAAAGAAAAACACUAAGGUGGUAUGCAAAGAUCGCGUUACAUAUGUUUCAUGUAAUUAUGAAUAAUGCAAAAAAAUCCAAAUAUUGUCGACGCAUAGUCGACACCAGCAUCCGAGAAAAAAACUAUUGUAUGAUGCUGACGUCGACUACGCGUCGACAGUCGUUUUUUUUAGUAAAAAAAGUAAAAAACUGGUAA